AAUGUAAGGGUAAUGCUUGAAGUGCAGCACAGCAGAGGCAUUUAUUAUUAAGUGUAAUGAAUUAAGACACCAAAUCUAAAGGCAAAGGUCUCUCACACACAGAGUAGAAUUAUAGAAUAGAAAGAUAGCGGAGAAGGUGAGGGUGAGGGUGAGGGCCAGGGCAGAGAGACAGUAAUAAUAAGCAGAAGGAGGGAGCAACCAUGCCUUCUCUCAUUUCUCUCUCUCUUCUUACUCUCACACCGUCUUCGCUGCAUUCAUGUGCUUUUGAGUUGUGUGUGUCAGCCAGCAUUACCCUCUUCUCUCACUGCUAGAUCCAAUCGCUUUCUCUCUCUACCUCAAUUCAACCCUAACUCUUCCUUUUCUUCGCAUAAUUCACGCUCCUCUCUCUCCUGUCCAAUCCAAAUCCGCCAAUUUCUCACUUUCCUUAAAUCAAAUCUCCCUCACUCACUGCUUCUUUCAGAUGAUUUGAAUCCAGCUUAGUGGAGCUAGGAUUUGGAGCAACAACCGAUCCCUGUCUUCAAUCGAUUUCAUUUUUGCUUUUUCUGGUGAUGAUAGUAGCAGCAGCAGCAUAGAGGGAGAGAGAGAGAAAUCUGAUGGAGGAUAUAUCGAAAUACGCGCACAGUCCUGCACACGUGGCAGUGGCCAGGCGUGACCACGCCGCACUGCGCCACCUCGUUUCCACGAUUCCUCGACUCGCCAAAGCCGGUGAGGUCAACACAGAGGCGGAAUCGCUCGCGGCGGAGCUCAAAGCUGACCAGGUGUCGGCGGUUAUCGACCGCCGCGACGUGCCGGGAAGAGAAACCCCUCUCCACCUCGCGGUGCGUCUCAGGGACGCCGUCUCCGCGGAGAUUCUCAUGUGUGCCGGUGCGGAUUGGAGUCUUCAGAACGAGCAGGGUUGGAGUGCGCUCCAAGAAGCCGUGUGCACUAGAGAGGAAGCCAUUGCGGUGAUCAUCGCGCGCCACUACCAGCCUCUUGCGUGGGCGAAAUGGUGCCGCAGACUUCCCCGCAUUGUAGCUUCCGCCGCUCGAAUCCGCGACUUCUACAUGGAGAUAUCUUUUCAUUUCGAGAGCUCCGUCAUUCCCUUCAUUGGCCGCAUUGCCCCUUCCGACACCUACCGAAUUUGGAAGCGCGGUUCCAACCUCCGCGCUGAUAUGACCCUCGCUGGCUUCGACGGCUUCCGCAUCCAGCGUUCCGACCAAACGUUUUUGUUUCUCGGAGAGGGUUAUGCUUCCGAGGAUGGGAAUUUGAACCUGCCACCGGGUUCUUUGCUGGCGCUUGCUCACAAGGAGAAGGAGGUUACCAAUGCUUUGGAGGGAGCUGGUACGCAGCCAACGGAAGCUGAGGUUAAUCAUGAAGUUUCUUUGAUGUCUCAGACUAAUAUGUAUAGGCCUGGUAUUGAUGUUACUCAGGCGGAGCUUGUUCCCCAUUUGAACUGGCGGCGACAGGAGAAGACUGAGAUGGUGGGGAAUUGGAAGGCUAAGGUUUAUGACAUGCUCCAUGUGAUGGUGAGUGUCAAGUCGAGGAGGGUGCCGGGUGCUAUGACUGAUGAGGAGCUUUUUGCUGUGGAUGAUGGGGAGAGUGUGGUUAAUGGAGAGAACAAUGAUGAGUAUGAGGAUGUGCUCACUGCUGAGGAAAGAAUGCAGUUGGAUUCGGCGCUGCGGAUGGGGAACUCUGAUGGUAUUGGUCAGGAGGAGGAACCUGGGGGGUUUGAUGGUCAUUGUGAAGCCAAUGCUGGGGCUAAAGAGAAGAAGAGCUGGUUUGGUUGGAACAAGAAAAACAUGAAAGGUGGCGGCGGUGAGGAGCUUGAGGAUUUGAAGACUGCGAAGAAGCUGUCGGGUGAUCAGCAAAAGCCACAACCUGAGAUUGUGAAGGAUAAAAACUUUAAGAGGAAAAAGAAGAAAGGAGGAGUUAACGAGUCCAAGAAUGAGAGUGAGUACAAGAAAGGAUUAAGACCUGUCUUGUGGUUGACACCGGACUUUCCUUUGAAAACAGACGAGCUUCUGCCCCUGCUUGACAUCUUAGCAAACAAGGUUAAGGCUAUCAGGAGACUCAGAGAACUUUUGACGACUAAACUUCCUCAUGGAACCUUUCCUGUUAAGGUAGCUAUCCCUAUAGUCCCUACUAUACGGGUCCUUGUCACUUUUACCAAAUUUGAGGAGCUUCAGCCAGUAGAGGAGUUUUCAACUCCACUCUCUAGCCCAGCUUACUUCCAGGAUGCCAAAUCCAAGGAAUCAGAAGGGUCUACAUCAUGGAUUUCAUGGAUGAAGGGAAGUCGUGGUAUACAGUCCGGUGAGUCUGAUAGUCAUAGAUAUAGGGAUGAAAUCGAUCCUUUCAGUAUACCUUCGGACUACAAAUGGGUGGAUGCCAAUGAGAGGAAACGCCGCAUGAAGGCAAAGAGAGCCAAAAAUAAGAAACAUAAGAAGCAGACAGCUACUAAAGGAGGAGACGGAGUACAGGUAGUGGGUGAGGAUGUGGAAGAAUCCUAAUAACACGGUAUCUCUCUAAUUGCUGCCUUGAUGAUCGUUGUCAGAAAGAAAGUGUAUGUGUCAUUGUGCACAGCUGACUUUAUUUUUCACAUUGGAUGAUCUAGCCAAGAAUUUACUGCAAGCUUUUUGGGGGAUCCAUUGUUACUCCUUAAGAAAAGGGUGCCUAUGUUUUUCCCCUUUCGCGAUGUUGGGUUAUGAAGAGUUUACAUCAUCUGGAAAUAGUUGUAUUGUCAUUUGAAGAGAAAACGAAGAGGAAGAGUCUCUAUGGCCUUCAAUUAGUUGGCUCCAUUCUGAUUUUGCCCAAGAUACAUUACCUAUAUUUGUAUGUACAUCUGUAUCUCUGAUUAUUGAUUUUGAAUUUUUGUGAGUGGUAUUUCUGUUUUCACUGUUCGUUCGUGAAGUUUUGGCUAUUCUUUUGAACUGACUUUUGGCCUAGUAAAAUUUGUUGAAAUUUGUACCUACAUCAUUGAAU